AUGGAGGAAACCAUAACAAGUCCUCAGCCGAAAACGUUACCUUCGUACAAGUUUUACCAAAAAUUGAUAAAUGGGGAAAAUUUAAAUGAUGUCAAAAAUUUAUGUAGGGGCGUAUUAAAUAGAUACCCUAAUGGUGAAUGGCUUUAUGGACUUUGCAAACAACUCAUAAAAAACGUGGAAUUGGUACGAGAUGACAAUGACGAUACUUUUCGUAAGAAGCAUUGCUUUGAUAUAAAUUAUUGGCUCUAUGAUGAAGUGUAUAACGGACUUAAGUCUAUUGACAAGGAAAGCGAUUUUUAG